GGCGAAGGUUUGCCAUGGGUGGGCAGGCAGGCUCCGCGGGCCGGUGGGCGGAGCCUCAGAGGCGCUGGUCGUGCUCCCCACCUGGCUAGGAGAGGACUGUGAACACCACGGAAGAAUCAGAAGGCAUUAUGAAAAACCUACAUUUCAGAGUCGUAACAAUGCUAAUAGGUCUUUAUUUUACUGGAACAAUGAUGAACCCAUCAAGGAAAAGCAAUAUUUCAUUCAAUUCUGAGUGCCAACAGAAGGGGUAUCUCCUGAAAAAUUGUUUUUUCACUGGAAAGCAAGAUACACCUGCGGACGGACCACAGUCAGCAGCCACAGUGGACACAAGUGCCCAUUUCUUUAGGGCUCUCUUACAGUCUCACAUGAAAAAAGAAGACUGCAAUAUAAAACAUCUGGACCUCAGUAACCAUCUCCUUUCAAAAAUAACCUUAAGCCCCCUUGCACACUUCCAUGCUUUGGAAAUACUAACCCUCAGCAACAAUUCCAUCAGCUCCGUCUCGUUGGACCUACCCAGUCUGAGGUCACCGGGGCAGAAAUGCCACAGAAGUAGCUUGAGACGUGGGCUUCCAUUUCUAAAGUUGUUAAUUCUUCAAGGAAACAAGCUCAGUGACAUUCCUAAGGGACUAUGGAAACUGAAGUCAUUACAGAGUUUGGAUCUGUCAUUCAAUAGGAUAUCACAGAUCGGUUUGUCUGACUUUCGUAACUGCUCGCGGCUGGAGAACCUCAACUUAAAGAGCAACAAGAUAUUCAGAAUUCAUCCAGGAGCCUUCAACGACCUCCAGAAGUUACAGGCUGUAGACCUCAGCAACAAUGUUCUGACCACCAUCCUACCAAUGAUGAUCAUCGCUCUAGAACGUCCCCAUCUGGAGGUGGACGUGGCUGGUAAUCGAUGGCAGUGUGACGAGAGCACGGCAGCCUUCCGAAGUUUCAUCUCUGAAUCCUGGAGGAGAACAUGGAAUGUAAUUUGCAGCAAGUCUGUAGGGAACGAGGAGGCACCCCGCUGGACUCCCCAAAGCAGGAUUUCCAGGGAGACCCACCUUCCUGUGAUGACUAUGAAUCCUAUGAAAAACCUCAUAGCAGGCAAAGCCAAGAGGACCCAGGAGGGACACUCCGAGCACUUUUCCAGCCUGGGGAGGAAGGACCAUGCCAGCACCCACCCCGGCAGGAAGCGCAGCCGGCUGCCGCGAUGGACUCAGAGCCCUGCCAAGGAGCAGGCCCCCCAGGACCUGGCCUUAGCGGUGUGCCUGGCCGUGUUCAUCACGUUCUUCGUGGCUUUCUGCCUGGGGGCUUUCGCAAGGCCUUUCCUGGACAGACUGUGGCAACAGAGGUGCGGACACAAAAGGCCCGGUUCGGAUAACGCGUAUUCCAAUGAGGGCUUCUGUGAUGACAUGGAAGCUGUGGGCAGCACCCAGCACCCAAGGACGGACCUGCCCCUCCGUAAGAAGCAAGCCCCUGCCAUUCCCCAUGUUGUUGCUGACCCGGACGGCACUCCAGGAAAGGGCAGAAGCGAGCCUGGCGGCCAGCAGAGCAGGGGACGAUGCGGGGACCACAGCGGGCCGGGGAGUAGAAAGGAUGACGUGCUUCUGAGUGACAGCGAGGGGGCCCAGUCCGUUCUCCGAGGACAGCCAAAUGCUGGUCAUGAGCACCUGACUCCCGCAGGACAGGCUCACAUGUGCGAGAAAGACGUUCUUGGAGAAAUAAAUUACGCAACUGGGGCCUGGGAAGACUCUCCCGGCCCGCCUUCAGUGGGCGUCCCUGCGACAGCUGGCAGACUGCUGAGCGGCCCUGGCUCAAUUCAUAGUGAUUCAGAUGAAUUAAACGUGCCUUUCUCAAGAGGAAUGACAGCUUCGCUCUCAGAAAUGCAAACACGUACGGAAGCACAGAGGGUCGCAGAGAAUGAGAAAACAGGGGACACGGCAUGCUCGCCUUCAGAGUUUUCAGAGGAAAUGCAAGCAAGUCCUUGCACGAAUUUGCUGGACAUGCAGCAGCAAAGGCUCAUGGGGGCCAGUGCUGGGGAAGGGCUUCCAGCCGGCCCCAGGGAGGUCAUGCUCGGUGACCCAGGAGAGAUGAAUCCAUUCCCACCAGUCCUUCCUCCAGGAUGGGGCCAUGACCUGCGUGUCACUCUCGCUACCAUGGAACCAGAGCAGAAACAUGGUCCUUCUGACCCUCUGUACGAGCUGGACAGCAACUACGAUUCUGAUGAAGGGUCUUUAUUUACCCUCAGUUCAAGUUCGGACGAUGCAAGAAAUUCGGCUGAAGAAGAGGCAUAUGGCGAGGAGAGCCACAGAGCCAGCGAGCCCCCGGAGGAUGAGCACUCAGGCGUGAGGAAGGACAAUGUUACGUCAUUAGAGGAUCCUGAGGACUACAGCACCUUCCAGAAGAUUCCGAGGGAAUGUGAGAAUCAGGAGGAUCGUUUUGAAGAACCUCUCAUUUCUGGUCCAGACUCUGGUUCAUAUGAGACACAGCUGGAAAGUGCCUCUAACACUCAUACCGUUGAGGAUGCAUUGACCUUGCCUGGAUCACCGGGCGACAGUCCCUUCAGUGACGAGAUCCCAGGUAAGGUCACCUAUGAUUAUGCCAGGGCUCUCCAAUCUGAGGCAGUGGAGUGGCAGUGCUCACUUAAAGACUUAGAAUUUUUCAGUGUAGAUGUUGUACCACAAACACCACCACGUUCUCCUGAAGCUCCCUCAGAUUCUGAUCCGGUUGACUAUCAUGAAAGAGACUUAGACAUUUAUACAUCUGACCCUUACAUUCAGGGAAGAAACAUAGCUCAAAAUGAUAUUCCUUUCAAAGUCACCACAGGUGAAAAUUUAAGGCCCUCGAAACACAAUUAUGAAGGGGGCCACAUGAAUUCCCACCCGAUGGACACUGAUGCAAAUGAGGGGUCUGGAUGUCCUCUUAACGACUGUGAUUCCAGAACGGUCAGCAGCCAAACUCAACAGUCCUAUGGUGGCGAACCAGCUCGUCAGUGUGAACGAGGAGAGAGGGAUUAUGCUGAAAACAGUUCCAGGAGCCAGGGGCCAUGGUUACAAGAGCCUCCCAAUGUCACCAGCUCAGUAGGCACACAGGAGCCCUUCGGUGAUAGAAACUGGGGUACAUAUUCACAAGAGGGUGUGUCACAGUCAGAAAAGGAGGACUCUAACUUCCAUACUCAAAUGCAGACCCAGAACAACGUAUUGAGAGUUGGCUCUCUGGAUGAGGACCAGCUCCCUUACGACACAGACCAGGACAUGGAACUUGAAAGUCAAACGGAAUUCAAAUAACAUUUUACUACAGACCAAAGCACUGGACAGAGCUGCUGAACACAUUUUAACAAAUUCUGCACAAAGGACAGCACAGCUUUCGGAAAGUCAAUCAUGAAACUACAAAGUUGGGGGCGGGGAUUCAGAGCAACUCUAAAUAGUUUUUGUCCUCAUAAGGUAUGUUAAAAGAGGGGCCAUUUUGUAGAGCAAACAGUAAAUUAAAAAUCAAUCUUCAAAAACA